CAAAAAUCAAGAAAGCCUACAAACAGAAAGUAGACUUGACAGCUAAGCAGGGAGAGAGAUGGGUGUAAAAGUUUAGAGCGUUGGAUGCUUGACAACAACAUUUAUUAUUGAUUACUCUACUUUUCCUGUAAACAUAACAUACAUAGACUACAGGAUGAUAAAAUACUUAUUUGUGGUAAACACAAAGGAUAAACUACGUUUAGUCAGAUAUUAUAGUCAAUACACCACUGAGGAAAGAGUACAGCUACAGACUGAUGUGACCAAACUUUGUCUUAGUAGGUCUGAUAAUCAGAGUAAUAUAUUAGAUUAUGAAGAUUAUACAGUUGUGUUCAAAAAGUUCAGUAGCAUUCUUUUCAUUGCUGGAAUAACCCCAGAUGAGAAUGAGCUGGCUAUUUUAGAACUGUUUCGACAUAUUUGUCAAACUUUGUGCAAGUUCUUUUCGGGCAGCCUGGUAUGUAUGAUACAUUCGGUAUAUUUGGUAUAUAAUGUUGCAAUAGCUUUCUUUUGUAUUUUGCUACUACAAACAGAGAUGAUUUUUAUUCGCAAUAUGGAUAAAGUGUACAUGAUAUUGGAUGAGAUGAUAUUAAAUGGUUACAUCGCAGAGACUAGCCAGGCCAGAAUCUUAGCUCCAUUACAGCUGUUGAUGUCUGCAAAAAAAUAAGAACUCUUGUUGAUGAUGGAAAUGUAGCACAAUGUUUAUUUCUGGCAAUGUACAGAAUGGAUAAAGUGUGGAUAAAGCAGUAUACUGAUAUACAAUGAAGGAAGGAAAGAACAUUUUGUUUUUGCAAUUCAAACUUAUG